ACACUCAGACAGGUGCCUGUCUCUGAAUAAAAUGGAACUACGUUGGGAGCAUUUCAGAUUAUUUUUCAGUAUCAGAAGGUUACACCUGUUUCGAGUAGUGUUUCUGUCUUUAGUAGUAAUGAUCGUUUUCACAUGUUUAUCUGUUUUUAAUUCUAACAGUAAAACAACCUCAAAGCACUUGGAAUUUUGGGAGAGACAGAAACAAGCAGAAGAAAGACAGCCAUUAUGGAAACCUGAGUUUUUAGGUGAAGCAAACAUGCAUAUUUUUGAAGACUGGUGUGGAGGAUCUGUGCACCAUUUAAGGACGAAUCUGCUAUACCCUCUUUACCCACAUAUUCGAACUACAAUCCACAGACUUGCUGUUAGUGCUGGAUGGAAAAACUAUGGUCUGAGAAUCUUUGGAUACCUUCAACCUAGAUAUAGUGGUGAAUACAUUUUUGCUGUUGCAUCUGACAACAAUGCAGAAUUCUGGCUGAGUUCAGAUGACAGCACUGAAAGACUCAAUCUUAUUGCCUAUCUUGGCAAGAAAGGAAAUGAAUGGGCAGCUCCAGGAGAGUAUGAGAAAUUUGCAUCUCAAAUAUCUCAGCCUGUAUUGCUAUCAAGAAAAAUGUGGUAUUUCUUUGAAGUUCUCUACAAACAAGGAGAUGGAACUGAUCACCUGGAGGUUGCUUGGCGUCCCAAUGACGAAGAGAGUACUUUUGAGGUCAUUACUGCAGAGUAUUUGUCACUCUAUAUUGAUGAGUCUAAUAUACUGAUGGCGGAUAAUAAUCAUGUCCCUCAAACAAAAGCCAGUCAAAGGUUGUCCCCUGACCACAUUUUCAAGCCAGCCAAGAAGCAGGUGGACAUGAUCAAAGCAGACCCACGAGACUUUAUGUAUAAGACACCUCUGCUACAUGAGUUCUAUUUGGAAAAGGUUUUUCCUGUAUGUGAAUACAAUCCACUUCAUAUGUUUGACAAUGACACCAUUGAGAGAUAUGAUGGAAUAAAUCAUGUUUACUACUCCUCUGUGUAUCCCAAUGACUACACAAGACUAGCUCAUGAAGGGAUGGAUAGAGAGAUAUGCUUUUACCAAAAGGAUGAAACAUAUGAUAAAGAACGUGGAUUUGGUCAAUAUAUAAAAAUUGAAAACAUAGCAGAAGAUGAAGAAAAAGUGGACGAAUCAGAAAAACAGAAAAUAAAUGAGCCAAAAUGGAAACAGUUCUUCAGAGUAAAUGUUUCAGAUUUCCAUGCAAAGCAGGGUGCUGAUGUUGUUAACACCUGCAAUAGAGCUGGAAAUAUUAUAAUGCCCAAAAAAGAAGUCAUGCCUGUAGUCGAAGCCUUCAUGACACAACUACACAAAGCAAAUACCUCAAGGGAUCUGGUCUUAAAGCGUGUGCUAAAUGUGGAGAAGAAAACAGAUGAUGCUAUAGGAAGUCGAUUUCUGUUGGAGCUAGAGCUGGAGAACCCACAGGGGGAUAUCAUUCUGCUUUCUAAGUAUUUUUUUGCUACUAAGUCCAAAAAUAAAUGGAAAAAUCCAGAACGCCCUAGCCUCUGCAACCCAAAAGGUUUCUCCUGGAAUCCAGAUGCAAAAGUCCAUGUUAUUCUAGCAGUGAAAAACCAAGGGAGAUGGGUCAUACAUUUCCUAAAGGAAAUGGAGAAAGUGUAUGAAGCCACAGGAGACAAAAACUUCAACAUCAUUCUCAUAGACUAUAAUAGCACAGAUAUUGAUGUAGAGAAGGAAUUGAAAAAUUCAAACUUACCAAGCUACCAGUUUUUGAAAAUGUAUGGACCUUUUGGCAGAUCUCCAGGACUCCAAGCAGGAAUAGAUCUUGUUGAUGAUGAGAACAGUAUUUUGUUUCUUUGUGACCUGCACCUCCACUUCCCAACAACGAUAAUAGACUCUUUGCGUAAACACUGUGUGCAAGGGAAAAUGGUGUUUGCUCCUAUAGUAAUGAGGCUGGAAUGUGGAGCAACAAUCCAUGCUCCUGCAGGUUUCUGGGAAACUAUGGGAUAUGGUCUGAUUGGAAUUUAUCAUUCAGACAUAAUUCGAAUUGGAGGAAUGAAUACUAAAGAAUUUACAGACAAGUGGGGAGGAGAAGACUGGGAAUUGCUGGACAGAAUUCUAUUGAACAAGCUGGAGGUGGAACGACUAAACAUCAGGAAUUUUUUACACUUCUACCAUUCAAAGCAUGGCAUGUGGAACAGACAGUAAAUCUUGAACAGUGCAGUGUAUUGUAAAGUGUUUUUAAGUUUUCAAAAAACCCUAAAAAGAGAAACAUUUUAAAAUGUUUUCGUUAAUUUUGAAAAUUAAAUAACAGAUUAUGCAUCCAAAAAUUGUGUUAGAGUUUACAACAUUAUGUGAUGUAUUUGAAAUGUUUUAAAUUAACCCUUCAGAAACAAUCAAUUGAUUACUCAUUUUAACUAUGUUGAAAAAUUUCCAAUAAAUGCGGAGCACUCUUGGACAUCACAGACCGUUUAUAACCAUGGUAGAUGUGCAAGCAUACUAAGGAAAUUUGUUUUAUAUCCAAUUAAUCAUUAUAUUACUGAUAUGUUUUUAUUUGAAUGAAAAACAACAUUUUUUAUGCCACUGCAUAUACAUUCCUGUUUAUCCUAUUUAUUCCAUUUAUUUCUUUUUGAAUGUAUGUAUUUACAGUAUGUACUAACUGAUGCAAGGUUUUAAUAGCCUUUCAGUUUUUCUUUGCAGUAUUUUUAAACUUAGGCUUUAAGCAUGCAUCAUUUCUACUGUACAGACAUUAAUAUACUGUAUAGCAUGAUAUUAGCUUUAGUUUUAUUUGUGUAUACCUGGAUUAUUUUUUAUAUUUCUUUUGCUUAUUCUGUUUAUAAGCAUAUUUUCUACUUGAUGAACUACUGUAGCCAAAUCUAUGAACAUAUUUAAACCUGUGCACAAAACUUAGUAUGCCUAUGUAAAAGUUAAAGGUUCUGUAUGUUUUGCUUGCAAGCUGUCUGUAUUGCCAUUUUAUAGACAGUAAUAAAUAGAAUCUUGAGUUUUUGUCUGUGUACUCCUCAAAAGCCAAAUAUUUGUGUAAAUUUACAUGUAGUGCAUUUGUGAUGUACAAAAUAAAUACAACUGUUUUAGGAAAAAAGA